AUGUCCUCGAAUUCACUUUAUUUGUUGACUUCUGGACUUGCUCUGCGGCCUGCAGACCACUUUGGACGAGGAUCAGUGGAAGUUACAAGCCCCGCGCCCGGGAAUGGAGAGGGCGCAGUCCGCCGGCUCGCUGUUACCUCUACACAGCUACUCGAGCGCCCCCAUCCAUCUGUUUCCACCAUCCCUGACGUGGUAGCGUACGCUGCUCGUACGUUCGGCACGAAAUACAACGCUGUGGGAUGGCGCGAUACGAUCAAGGUACACGAAGAGAUCCGCGAGGUCGUUAGCGUCGUCGACGGCGAGGAGGUCAAGCAGCAGAAAACAUGGAAGCUGCUCGAGCUGAGCGACUACAAGUUCAUGAAUUUUAUUCAGUUUGCAGAGUCGGUGAGCGAGGUGCGCAAUGGGCUGCUGAGGCUUGGGAUCACAAAGGACGACGUGGUCAAUGUGUACUCGCAGACGAGUGUAAAUUGGCAGCUUGUUUCUCAUGCGUGUGCUGCUAUUUCGACGGCUAUAGCGACGGCCUAUGACACUUUGGGUGUGGAUGGUUUGACCCACUCAUUGAACGAGCCGGACUGUGUUGCGAUAUUCACCAAUGCUGACCUCCUACCAACUCUUGCCCGCGUUAUCCCCAACACCCCGAAACUAGAAGUGGUACUGUAUGAUGGAACAGCCAGCGUUGCGGUCCUAGCUCAACUGCAAACCGCGCGGCCCGACAUCAAACUAAUGCAUCUCGACGAGCUGCGCGAUCUGGGGCACAGCACCGAUCAACAACUCAUCACGGUCCUCGAGGAGCGCAAGCCGUCACCAUCGACGCUCGCGUGCAUCAUGUACACCAGCGGCUCGACGGGACCUCCAAAGGGUGUAUGCAUUACGCACGCCAACCUAGUCGCGUCCAUCAGCUCCGUCACGAUCGUCUUCGGGCCCCAUGUCCCCGCGGGAGACAUCUACCUCGCAUACCUGCCGCUCGCGCACGUCCUGGAGUAUAUCGUUGAGCUGUGUGCGAUGUUUGUUGGCGUGACGAGCGGGUAUGCGAGACCGAAGACGCUGACGGAUGCAGGCGUGAAAGGAUGUAGGGGAGAUUUGAUAGCGCUGAAGCCGCAGAUUAUGUUUGGGGUGCCUAGUGUUUGGGAGACGAUCAGAAAGGGUGUGAUAGGAAAGUUGAACGAUGGUGGUGCGCUUAAAAAGGCGCUGUUCUACGGUGCUCUGAACUCGAGGAGGAGGGGUACACCAGUACUUUCUGGACUAGGUGAGCGAAUUGUGUUGAGCAAAGUCAGGGAGGCUACUGGAGGCAAGUUGAAGUUUGCAAUGAACGGGGGCGCAGCAAUAAGUAAAGAAACUCAAGAAUUCUUGAGUGUUGCGAUAAUGCCCAUGAUGCAAGGCUAUGGGAUGACGGAGUCUUGUGGAAUGUGCACGCUUCUCCCACCCGAGUGCAUCCAGUUUGGCACAGUUGGUCUCCCCGUGCCUUCAAUUGAAAUUAAACUUCUCGAUGUUCCUCACCUGGGAUAUUUCUCCACAAAUUCACCGCCUCAAGGAGAGGUCUGCAUCCGCGGUCCUUCUGUUUUCAAGAGUUAUUAUAAACGCCCCGACCUUGAUGCCGACGAGAGUAUUUGGGCGCCAGACGGUUGGUUUAGGACAGGUGAUGUAGGGACCUGGAAUGAGGAUGGGACUUUGAGCUUGAUAGACAGAAUAAAAAAUCUCGUCAAGAUGCCAAAUGGAGAGUACAUCGCCCUAGAGAAAUUAGAAUCGUUAUACAAAUCCUGCGACUACGUCUCCAAUAUCUGCGUACACGUCAUUCCAGGAGCCACGCACCCUGUAGCUGUACUAUUCCCCCACGAAGUUAACCUCCGACAUGCACUCUCGCUAUCUCAUGAUCCUGCAUUAGACCGUCUCAAGGGCGCGGACCUUCCCACUCUGUGCCAAGAUCCUUAUGUCCAACACAUCGUCUUGAAAGCCUGUAACGAAGUUGGUGCAAAGAACGGAUUGAAAGGGUCAGAAGUUCUAUGUGGAGUGGUGUUGACUCCCGACGAAUGGACGCCCGAGACUGGGCUGGUUAGUGCCGCCAUGAAGGUAAAGAGAGCGGUCAUUGCAAGUACCUUUGCAAAGGAGAUUGAGGCUCAAUUCUCAGAUUUAAGCGCCAGUUCGAUCGGCUUUGAGAUCCGCUUUAAUGAAUAA